AUGGGUGUAGCUGCUCAAGGCGAGAGGAAGCUACAGUAUUUCUCUCUGCUGCUUGAGCGUGAACAAGUGAAAAAGGACAUGGAAGAAACAGAUGACAGGAUGACACAAUUCAAGAAAAAAGCGAAAGAGCUGCGAAUUCUGGAUGCCAAGACAGCCCAGAAUCUGUCAAUUUUCCUGGGUUCAUUCCGGCUGCCUUAUGAAGAGAUCCGGGAUAUCGUGCUGCAGGUGGAUGAGGAAAGGCUAAGUGAAGCACUAAUCCAGAACCUGAUCAAAAACCUUCCUGAGCAAAAGGAGCUGAGCAAUCUGGCCGAGCUAAAGAAUGAAUACGAGGAGCUUUGUGAAUCAGAGCAGUUUGGAAUUGUGAUGAGCUCAGUCAAGAUGCUGCGUCCCCGACUGAAUGGGAUCCUCUUCAAGCUGACGUUUGAGGAGCAGGUGAACAACAUCCGGCCCGACAUCAUGAACGUGACAUUCGCAUGCGAGGAGGUGAAGAAGAGCGAAGGUUUCAGCAUGAUUCUGGAGCUGGUGCUGCUGGUCGGAAAUUACAUGAACUCUGGCUCCAGAAACGCUCAGACAUUCGGCUUCAAUAUCAGCUUCCUCUGCAAGCUUCGUGACACCAAGUCGACUGACCAGAAUACAACUCUUCUGCACUUUCUGGCCAAGAAAUGUGAAGAAAAGUAUCCUGAGAUCCUGAAGUUCCCUGAUGAGCUUGAGCAUGUUGAAUGUGCCAGCAAGGGUAAGAAGAUGGAUAUGCUUACUUUUACAGGAUUUCUUAAGUGGGGCACAAUAUAA